AGCUUGACGUGUAAAACUCUGAGGACUGAGCUCAAACACUGGAACUGUGGAUCAUCAUCAUCGUCGUCGUCAUCAUCAUCAUCGUCGUCGUCAGCUUCCUGUCUCUGUUCUCUGAUUGGCUGAGAUGAACACCUGUGACUCAGCGGUGGGCGGAGCCUGUGGAGAGGAUGCAUUGGCCCUGCAGGUGUUUCCAGAGUCUGUGGAGUGUUUUCCAAAACUCUCCAGGUGUCUGCCGUCCAUUGUGGUGGAGCCCACAGACGGAGGGGAGGUGGAAAGUGGAGAGCUUCGCUGGCCUCCUGAUGAUGUCAGCAGUGAUGUCACUGAGGAACAUGCCCAGGUGACAGGUGCUGGUGUACCUGCGGAGGAGGUGAAGCAGGAGCAGCAGGAGACGGGCGGAGUUUAAAACCUCCAGCUGACACAACUCCUCCAUGCUCAGCCAAUCAGCAUGAAGAUCUCUGUAAUGAAGAUGGGGGAGGGGCAGCACACCUGUACCUCUAGGCCAGGGGGCGGAGUCAGGUCAGGUGAAACUGAACUGACCAAAGAGGAGAAAUGAAACAGAGGAGUUCAGGUGUCUGAAGGUGGACCGCUCCAAAAGGACUGUGGGAAACCAACGACCGCCACCUGAAGCCACGACCGACACCUACCGCUCAGGAUGAGUGCGUAAGCUCAGGCUCUUCUGAUUGGCUGUUGGUCACAGCUUUGUGACGUUUGAGUG